GCUCAACCCACCUCCCAGCAAGGGGGCAUUCUCAGGUUAAGCGUGACGUCACGGGCUCCUGCACGGUGCUGGGCUUUAGAGAGGCUGACCGUCCACUCGUGCAGCCGCCACAGGAGCAGGACACACACCGGCGCUCCGACGGAGGCCAAAGCCUUGUGUCUUUUUUUACUUCUUCUUCUUCUUCUUCUGUCGGUUUUCGGAAUUGAAGUGACCCGCCGCCGGCGGCUGCUGCUGCUUCUUCUUCUUCUACGGCCGAGCGGCUCCGGUGGCAUGGUGCUGGGAAAUAAAGGAGCCCGACGGAGGGGGGACGAAGUCCGUCUGAAGCGGUCACUGUGCGAACGGACCAUCGCAUCCCGGACCUCCGACAGGGUCCGAAUGAGUGCCAUCGGGCAUUGCUCGGGAGAUGGCGAUGAGGGUGCUCUACUUGGGAUUCCUUCUCUUCUGGGGGAUCCCUGCUUCCAGUCAAGCGAUGGCCACGGUGCGUCUCAGCAGAUGGAGAAAAACCGAGCAGGCUUUUGUCAGAGAAAGUGUGGCUCCCGUAAAGUAGUGUCUCAACAUGUUCUGGCCCCUAAAAAAUCCCGUAUCGGCUUGUGGCUCCCCUCGGUGUGUGAGCAGACGGAGGGCCUCCCCUCAGAGGACAGGGGUUUAUUUCUAAACCUGACUCACUGUGCUUUUCAGCUUUCUGUUAAAACUGUCAAACCUAAGUAUGACGAAGCUUGCCUGCCUCUAACGUCUGGCACGGCUGUAGAAGAGCUGCCUUUGUGGGGGGCUGGAUCUGGGUUGACGGCUCCUCUGUGGCCGCGCUGUACAGAGACCGCCGGACGGACAGAAAAGAGGAAGAAUUCCUCCUUUGGCGGCACUAUGAGCCCAUUUAGGUACAUCUUUUUUGCCGACCAUCGGUGGCACUCCUUCCGUGCGUUUUGCUGCCCUGUGGCGUCCCGCAGGGCUUCAUCAGAUUUAGAUUCAAAACCUAGUGGGCCACCCAAGACUUGCAGCCCGAAGCAGUUUGUGUGUAAGGACCAGGUGACCUGUAUUUCCAAAGGCUGGCGCUGCGACGGGGAGAAGGACUGUCCAGAUGGCUCUGAUGAAUCACCAGAUAUCUGCACACACAGCAAGGCGAACCAGUGUCCUGUAAAUGAGCACGGGUGUCUGGAUCCCGAUGUCUGCAUCCAUUUGAGCAAAAUGUGCGAUGGAGUCCCUGAUUGUUCCGAUGGCUGGGAUGAAGGGCCUCACUGCAGAGAAAACGCACCAGCCUGUGCCUCCCUUGGGUGCCAGUAUCAUUGUGCGGUGACUCAUGAUGGGCCUCGCUGCUACUGUGCACUCGGUUACGAGGUCGCCGCAGAUGGAAAGACAUGUCAAGAUUUCAACGAGUGCGGCGUGUACGGAACGUGCAGCCAGACGUGCACCAACAGUAAUGGAAGCUACGCCUGCACCUGUGUGGAGGGCUACCUGCUGCAGCCCGACAACCGCUCCUGCAAAGCCAAAAACGAGCUGGUUGACCGCCAGCCGGUUUUGCUGAUCGCUAACCUCCAGAAUAUCCGAUGCACCUCCCUAAGGGGCCACCCGUCCCGGCUCCCCCCCAUCCCUACCAAGCAGACAAUGGCUAUGGACUUCAUCUACGCUGAGGAGACGGUGUGCUGGAUAGAUGUAGGUGACAGUCCGGCUACCACCGAGCUUAAGUGUGCCAGCAUCAAAGACCUGAAGACCGUCAGUAACAUCCGCACCAUCAACGUCACUCUCAGCUUACACCAUGUGGAGCAGAUGGCUAUAGACUGGCUGACUGGAAACUUCUACUUCGCUGAUGACGUGGGUGACCGGUUGUUUGUCUGCAACAAAAACGGUCAGACUUGCGUGACCUUGCUGGACCAAGAGCUGUACAACCCUAAAGGCAUUGCACUGGAUCCCACAAUGGGUAAAGUGUUCUACACAGACUAUGGGUCGACUCCAAAGGUGGAGCGCUGUGACAUGGAUGGUCAGAACCGCACAAAGCUUGUGGACAGUAAGAUCGUCUUCCCCCACGGUAUCACCCUGGACCUGGUCAACCGACUGGUGUACUGGGCUGACGCCUAUUUGGACUACAUUGAAGUGGUUGACUAUGAGGGCAAAAACCGACACACCAUCAUCCAGGGUCAGCUGAUUAAACACCUGUACGGACUGACUGUAUUUGAGAACUAUCUCUAUGCCACAAACUGGGACGAGGGCAACAUCAACUCCAAGACCAGUGUGUUUCGAGUGAACCGCUUCAACAAACAGGACUUUCACGUGGUGACCCGUUUGGACCGGGGGGGCGCGCUGCACGUGUACCACCAGAGACGGCAGCCUCAAGUGCGCAGCCACGCAUGUGCCCUGGACCAGUUUGGAAAGGCUGGAGGCUGCUCUGACAUUUGUCUGCUGAGCAACAGCCACAAGGCCCGUACCUGCCGCUGCCGCUCCGGCUUCAGCCUAGGCAGCGACGGCAAGUCCUGCAAGAAACCAGAUCACGAGCUGUUCUUGGUGUACGGGAAGGGUCGUCCCGGGAUCAUCAGGGGAAUGGACAUGAAUGCUAAAGUGCCCGACGAGUACAUGAUCCCCAUUGAGAACCUGAUGAACCCCCGAGCUCUGGAUUUCCACGCCGCCAGUGAAUUCAUUUACUUUGCCGAUGCCACCAGUUACAUCAUUGGCCGACAGAAGAUAGAUGGCACAGAGAGAGACACCAUUCUGAAGGACGGUAUACGUACGGUAGAGGGAAUAGCAGUGGACUGGAUGGGAGGUAACCUCUACUGGACAGACGAUGGGCCAAAGAAGACCAUCAGUGUUGCGAGACUGGAAAAGGCCUCACAGACCCGCAAGACUCUCAUUGAAGGGAAGAUGAGCCACCCUCGUGCCAUUGUUGUGGACCCACAGCACGGAUGGAUGUACUGGACAGACUGGGAGGAGGAUCCCACAGAGAGCAACAGAGGGAAGAUUAAGAAAGCCUGGAUGGAUGGCUCACAUCACCAAGUGUUCCUGACCAGCAAAACAGUGCUGUGGCCCAACGGCUUGAGCUUGGACAUUCAACAGGGAAUCCUGUACUGGGCGGAUGCUUACUAUGACCGCAUCGAGUUGGUUUAUCUUAACACCACUGAGCGAAAGGUUGUGUAUGAGGGCCCGGAGUUAAACCACGCCUUCGGCUUAUGUCAUUAUAAGAAUUUUUUGUUUUGGAACGAGUACCGUGGUGGUAGCAUCUACAAACUGGACCAGACCACCAAGACUGUGACUCUCCUCCGCAAUGAGAGGCCACCCAUAUUUGAAAUAAGAGUGUUUGAUGCACUCCAACAGCAGGGCUCCAACGCAUGUCGAGUAUACAACGGGGGCUGUAGCAGCCUGUGCCUUGCCAUUCCUGACGGCAGAUCAUGUGGGUGUGCUGAUGACCAAAUCCUCGAUGUUGAUGGCGUCACAUGCAAAGCCAACCCCUCCUACAUGCCCCCGCCACAGUGCCAGCCCGGGGAGUUUGCCUGCAAGAACAACCGCUGCAUCCAAGAGCGCUGGAAAUGUGACGGCGACAAUGAUUGCCUGGACAACAGCGACGAAGCGCCGGAUCUCUGCCACCAGCACACCUGCCCGGCUGACCGUUUCAAAUGCGAGAACAACCGCUGUAUCCCCCUGCGAUGGCUGUGUGAUGGUGACAACGACUGUGGCAAUGAUGAGGAUGAAUCCAACACCACCUGCUCUGCUCGUACAUGCCCACCUAACCAGUACCCCUGUGCCAGUGGACGCUGCAUUCCUAUCUCCUGGACAUGCGACCUGGAUGAUGACUGUGGAGAUCGCUCAGAUGAACCCGACUCCUGUGCCUAUCCAACCUGCUUCCCUCUGACUCAGUUCACGUGCGCCAACGGCCGCUGCAUCAACAUCAACUGGCGCUGUGACAACGACAACGACUGCGGGGAUAACAGCGACGAAGCGGGCUGCAGCCACUCGUGUUCCAGUGUGCAAUUUAAAUGCAACAGCGGCCGCUGCAUCCCAGAGUACUGGACCUGCGACGGCGACAACGACUGUGGGGACUACAGUGACGAGACUCACGCCAACUGUACCAACAAGUCAACCCGCCCCCCAGGUGGCUGCCACAAUGAUGAGUUUCAGUGCCGGAUGGAUGGCCUCUGCAUUCCUAUGCGAUGGCGCUGUGAUGGCGACACGGACUGCAUGGACCUGAGCGACGAGAACAACUGUGAGGGUGUCACCCAUAUGUGUGACACCACAGUCAAGUUCAGCUGCAGAGACUCUGCUCGCUGUAUCAGCAAAGCAUGGGUCUGUGAUGGCGACAGCGACUGUGAGGACAACUCGGAUGAGGACAACUGUGAGGCUUUGGUGUGCAAGCUGUCUCACCACAUGUGUGCGACCAACGACUCCAUCUGCCUGGCACCUGAGAAACUGUGCGACGGCACUGAUGAUUGUCCGGAUGGCUCUGACGAGAAACUUUGUGACUUGUGUUCAUCUGACAAAGGGGGUUGCAGUCACAACUGCAGCAUCAUUCCGGGGGAGGGCUUCAUGUGCUCGUGCCCCCUGGGAAUGGAGCUGGGCGCUGACAACAAAACCUGCCAGAUCCAGAGUUUCUGUGCCAAACACCUUAAAUGUAGCCAGAAGUGCGAACAAGAAAAAUCCAGCGUCAAGUGCUCUUGUUAUGAAGGCUGGGAGCUGGAGGCAGAUAUGGAGAGUUGUAAAAGCACUGAUCCCUUCAAGCCUUUCAUCAUUUUCUCCAAUCGGCAUGAGAUCAGAAGGAUUGACCUUCACAAGGGAGAGUUCAGUGUGCUUGUACCAGGCUUGAGGAACACCAUUGCACUGGACUUCCACCUUAACCAGAGCACACUCUAUUGGACCGACGUUGUGGAGGACAAGAUCUACCGAGGAAAACUGUCAGAAAAUGGAGCCUUGACAAGUUUUGAGGUGGUGAUCCAGUAUGGACUUGCUACUCCCGAGGGCCUAGCUGUUGACUGGAUCGCUGGAAACAUCUACUGGGUGGAGAGCAAUCUGGAUCAGAUUGAAGUGGCAAGACUGGAUGGGACCAUGAGAACCACUCUGUUGGCUGGGGAAGUGGAGCAUCCCCGGGCCAUCGCUCUAGAUCCUCGUGAUGGUAUUCUAUUUUGGACGGACUGGGAUGCUAGCCUGCCCAGGAUAGAAGCGGCGUCUAUGAGCGGUGAGGGCCGACGCACCAUCCACAGGGAGACGGGGAGCGGUGGCUGGCCCAACGGCCUCACCGUGGACUACAUGGAAAGACGCAUUGUGUGGAUCGAUGCCAGGUCAGACGCUAUCUACUCGGCUAAGUAUGAUGGCACCGGACUGAUUGAGGUGUUGCGGGGUCAUGAAUAUUUGAGUCACCCCUUCGCUGUGACCAUGUAUGGAGGCGAGGUCUACUGGACCGACUGGAGAACCAACACUCUGGCCAAAGCCAACAAGUGGACUGGGAACAAUGUCACUGUAGUCCAACGCACCAACACACAGCCCUUUGACUUGCAGGUCUAUCACCCAUCCAGACAACCGCAGGCACCCAACCCAUGUGCCACCAGUGACGGCAAAGGCCCAUGUUCCCACUUGUGUCUCAUCAACUUUAACCAGACCUUCUCCUGUGCCUGCCCCCACCUCAUGAAGCUGCAGGCCGACAAACGCACCUGCAAAGAGUCCCGAAAGUUCUUACUCUACGCUCGCCAGAUUGAGAUCCGAGGGGUGGACAUCGACAACCCUUACUACAACUACAUCAUCUCCUUUACUGUGCCAGACAUAGACAAUGUGACAGUCGUGGAUUAUGAUGCUGUGGAGCAUCGCAUCUACUGGUCUGAUGUGCGAACACAGACCAUAAAGAGAGCUUUUAUUAAUGGUACUGGGGUGGAGACCGUUGUGUCUGCUGAUCUACCAAAUGCCCAUGGACUGGCAGUAGACUGGGUGUCCAGGAACCUUUUCUGGACCAGCUAUGAUGCCAACAAGAAGCAGAUCAACGUGGCAAGGCUGGAUGGCUCUUUCAAGAAUGCAGUGAUCCAGGGAUUAGACAAGCCCCACUGUCUUGUCAUUCAUCCUCUACUUGGGAAGCUUUACUGGACUGAUGGUGACAACAUAAGUAUGGCUAACAUGGAUGGUAGUAACCACACCACACUCUUCACAGAUCAGAAAGGCCCAGUGGGCUUGUCUAUUGACUAUGAAAGGAAGCAGUUAUACUGGAUCAGCUCAGGAAACAGCACAAUAAGCCGAUGUCAGCUGGAUGGAUCCAACUUGGAGAUCUUGGAUGGUGUCAAAGGCAAACUUACUAAGGCUACGGCCCUAGCUAUUAUGGGCGACAAGCUGUGGUGGGCCGAUCAUGGAACUGACCAGAUAGGGACAUGUGACAAGAAGGAUGGUGGAAACUGGAAAGUAAUGCGAAAUAACACCGCUCCAAUGAUGCACAUGAGGAUUUAUGAUGAAGACGUGCAGAAAGCUGGCAUCAACCUCUGCAGCAACAACAAUGGCGACUGCUCACAGCUGUGUCUGCCCACUUCUCCAACAACAAGGUCCUGCAUGUGCACGGCUGGAUACAGCCUGAGAACAGGGCAGCAGUCCUGUGAAGGCAUGGGCUCCUUCCUGCUUUAUUCGGUUCAUGAAGGAAUCAGAGGAAUUCCCCUGGACCCGGCAGAUAAAUCUGAUGCCUUGGUGCCCGUGUCUGGCACAUCAUUGGCUGUCGGCAUUGACUUUCAUGCUGAGAAUGACACCAUCUACUGGGUGGAUAUGGGCCUGAGUACCAUCAGCAGAGCAAAAAGAGAUCAGACAUGGAGAGAGGAUGUGGUGACUAAUGGCAUUGGCAGGGUGGAGGGCAUCACCGUUGACUGGAUCGCAGGCAAUAUUUACUGGACUGACCAGGGCUUUGAUGUGAUUGAAGUUGCCAGGCUGAAUGGCUCAUUCCGCUAUGUGGUCAUUUCCCAGGGUCUGGACAAGCCCAGAGCUAUAACUGUCCACCCAGUGAAAGGUUAUUUGUUCUGGACAGAGUGGGGCCAAUAUCCCCGCAUUGAACGCUCUCGGUUGGAUGGGUCCCAGAGAUUGGUCAUGGUCAACGCCAGCAUCAGUUGGCCAAACGGAAUUUCCAUCGACUACAAGGAGGAUCUGCUGUAUUGGUGCGAUGCCAGAACAGACAAGAUUGAGCGCAUUAACUUGGAGACUGGAGAGAACCGGGAGCUGGUGCUGGCCAGCAACAAUAUGGAUAUGUUCGCUGUAUCAGUGUUUGAAGAAUACAUCUACUGGAGUGAUAGGACUCAUGCAAAUGGCUCCAUUAAGAGAGGCAGCAAAGACAAUGCUACAGAUGCUGUGCAGCUCAGGACGGGCAUUGGCGUCCAACUGAAAGACAUUAAGGUUUUUAACAGGGCCAGACAGAAAGGCACAAACAUCUGCAAAGACAAAAAUGGCGGCUGUGAGCAGCUGUGUCUUUACCGCGGCAACGGGGAGCGCACCUGCGCCUGUGCCCACGGCAUGCUGGCCGAGGACAACCGCAGCUGCCGAGACUACGACGGAUACCUGCUGUACUCCGAACGCACCAUAUUGAAAAGCAUUCACCUGUCCGACGAGACCAACCUCAACGCGCCGAUAAAACCGUUUGAGGAUCCCGACCACAUGAAGAACGUCAUCGCCCUCAGCUUCGACUACCACGGAGGCGGAGGGAAAGGAGCCAACCGCAUUUUCUUCAGUGACAUUCAUUUCGGCAACAUCCAGCAGAUCAACGAUGACGGCACUGAUCGCAAGAUCGUUGUGGACAAUGUCGGGUCAGUUGAGGGCCUGGCGUACCAUCGAGGUUGGGAUACACUUUACUGGACCAGUUACACAACCUCCACCAUCACUCGCCACACCGUGGAUCAGAGCCGCUCUGUGGCCUAUAAUCGCAACACUGUCGUCACUAUGUCUGGAGAAGACCACCCCAGAGCCUUUGUGCUGGACGAGUGUCAGGAUCUCAUGUUCUGGACCAACUGGAACGAGCAGGCUCCCAGCAUCAUGAGGGCCUCUCUGAAUGGAGCCAAUGUGAUUGUCAUCGUUGGCAAUGACAUCAAAACUCCAAACGGAUUGGCCAUAGAUCACCGCGCUGAGAAACUCUACUUCUCGGACGCCACCCUUGAUAAGAUUGAACGCUGCGAGUAUGAUGGAAGCAGCCGUUACGUCCUGCUGAAGAAUGAGCCUGUCCAUCCUUUCGGUCUGGCUGUGUAUGGAGAUUAUAUCUUUUGGACUGAUUGGGUGAGGAGGGCUGUCCUUAGAGCUGAUAAGUACACAGGAGGAGACAUGAAAGUCCUACGUGCCGACAUCCCUCAGCAGCCUAUGGGCAUCGUUGCUGUGGCCAAUGACACCAACAGCUGUGAGUUUUCUCCUUGCCGAACAAAUAAUGGAGGCUGCCAGGAUUUGUGUCUGCCCACAUCUGAUGGGCAGGUCAACUGCAGUUGCCGUGGAGACAGACAACUUCUUGAAGACAGCACAUGCUCUUCGCUCAACGUGUCGUGCGGGAGUGUUGAUGACUUUGAGUGUGGAAACGGGGACUGCAUUAACUACAGCCUUACCUGUGAUGGGAUGGCCCACUGCAAGGACAAGUCUGAUGAGAAGCAGUCCUAUUGUGCCAAUCGUAUUUGUAAGAAGGGCUACAGGCGCUGCAUUAAUGGCCGCUGCAUCGGUCACCAGUUCUGGUGUGAUGGCACCGACGACUGUGGAGACCGUUCAGAUGAACUGCCCUGCAAUAUGACACUGUGCAAAGAGGGAGAGUUUCAGUGCAAAGAUGGAAGCUGCAUUUCCAACAGCAGUCGCUGUGAUCAGGUGGUCAACUGUGAGGAUGCAAGCGACGAAAUGAAAUGCCAACCUACGGACUGCUCCCGUUUCUUCCGGCUUGGCGUUAAAGGAGCCUCCUUUCGGAGCUGUGAGACAACCACUAUGUGUUAUCUGCCCUCGUGGGUGUGUGACGGCAACAAUGACUGUGGAGACUUUUCCGAUGAGAGAAACUGUCCAGAUAAAAGAAAGCUUAAAUGUCCAGUCAACUUCUUCGCCUGUCCCAGCGGUCGCUGCAUUCCUAUGAGCUGGACGUGUGAUAAGGAGAAUGACUGUGAGAAUGGAGCCGAUGAGACACAUUGUGACAAAUUCUGUACAUCAUCCCAGUUUGAAUGUGGCAACCAUCGCUGCAUUUCCAGCCACUGGGUGUGCGACGGCUCUGAUGACUGUGGAGACGGCUCUGAUGAAGACCAGAGAUGUAAAUCCAAAACCUGCAGUCCCGAGGCUUUCCAUUGUCCAGGCUCUCAUAUGUGUGUGCCUCAACGUUGGAAAUGUGAUGGAGAUAAAGACUGUCCAGAUGGUGCUGAUGAGAGUGUUAAAGCUGGCUGCAUGUACACCAACUACACGUGCGAUGCCAAGAAUGAGUUCAUGUGCCAGAACAGAGAGUGUAUCCCCAAACACUUUGUGUGUGAUCACGACAUCGACUGCUCUGACGGUUCAGAUGAAUCCCCAGAAUGUGAAUACCCAACGUGUGGUCCAGAUGAGUUUCGCUGUGCCAAUGGUCGCUGCCUCAACCAGAAAAAAUGGGAAUGUGAUGGAGAGUUCGACUGUCAGGAUCGUUCCGAUGAAGCUCCCAAGAACCCUCGUUGCACAGACUCAGAGAGGACUUGUAACGAAUCAGCUUUCAUGUGCCAUAAUGGGAAGUGCUUGAAUGAGACCCUGCUGUGUGACCGGAACGAUGACUGUGGGGAUGGUUCUGAUGAACUCAACUGCUUCAUCAAUGAGUGUCUGAACAGUAAGCUGAGUGGCUGCUCACAGCUCUGUGAUGACCUCAAGAUUGGCUUCAAGUGCAGGUGCCAUCCCGGCUUCCAGCUGAAACGCAAUGGGAAGACCUGUGUGGAUAUAGACGAGUGCAAAACCACUUACCCCUGUUCUCAGCACUGCCUCAACACACACGGGAGUUUCCACUGUCUCUGCGUGGAUGGCUUUGAAGUCAGCCCUAAUGACCCCACCAUCUGCAAGUCCACAUCUGAAGUGGAGCCCUACCUCAUCUUUGCUAACCGUUACUACCUGAGAAAACUCAACCUGGAUGGCUCUAACUACACUCUAAUAAAGCAGGGCCUCAAUAAUGCGGUGGCUCUGGACUUCCACUAUGCAGAGCAGAUGAUCUACUGGACAGAUGUGACCACCCAGGGUAGCAUGAUUCGACGCAUGAACAUGAAUGGCAGCAACAUGGAGGUUUUGCACCGAACUUCUCUGAGUAACCCCGAUGGUUUGGCUGUGGACUGGGUCGGUGGAAACUUGUACUGGUGCGAUAAAGGCCGGGACACUAUUGAGGUAUCAAAGCUCAAUGGGGCUUACAGGACUGUGCUGGUCAACAGUGGCCUUAGAGAACCGCGUGCUGUGGCUGUGGAUGUACGCUAUGGAUACCUUUAUUGGUCUGACUGGGGUGACAACCCCCACAUUGGGAGAGUUGGGAUGGAUGGCACCAACAAAAGUAUCAUCGUAAAGGAUAAGAUCACCUGGCCCAAUGGACUAACCCUGGACUUUAUCAAUGACCGGAUAUACUGGGCUGAUGCCAGGGAGGAUUACAUUGAGUUUUCCAGCCUGGAUGGCAAAAACAGACACACAGUUCUUACCCAAGACAUCCCUCACAUAUUUGCCAUGACGCUGUUUGAGGAGUAUAUAUACUGGACUGACUGGGAGACGAAGUCCAUCAGCAGGGCUCAUAAGACUCUGGGUACCAACAAGAGCACCCUCAUCAAUACCCUGCAUCGGCCCAUGGACAUUCAUAUUUACCAUCCCUACCGCCAGCCAGAGGUGCUUAACCAUCCAUGCCAGACAGACAACGGUGGCUGCAGCAACCUCUGCCUCCUGUCACCAGGAGGAGGCUUUAAAUGCGCCUGCCCCACCAACUUCUACCUGGCCAGUGAUCAACGUACCUGCAUGUCCAACUGCACGGCCAGCCAGUUUGUGUGCAAGAACGACAAGUGCAUUCCUUUUUGGUGGAAAUGUGACACUGAGGAUGACUGCGGCGACCGCUCCGAUGAGCCAGCAGACUGUCCGGAGUUCAAAUGCAGGCCAGGACAGUUUCAGUGUGGAACGGGAAUCUGCACCAACCCCGCCUACAUCUGUGAUGGAGACAACGACUGCCAGGACAAUUCGGACGAGGCCAACUGCGAUAUUCACGUUUGCCUGCCCAGUCAGUUCAAAUGUUCCCACCCAAGUCGCUGUAUCCCAGGCAUCUUCCGCUGUAACGGCCAGGACAACUGCGGAGAGGGAGAGGACGAAAAGGACUGCCCUGAGGUCACCUGCGCGCCCACUCAGUUCCAGUGCGCCAUCACCAAACGCUGCAUCCCUCGCCUCUGGGUGUGCGACCGGGACAACGACUGUGUUGACGGAUCUGACGAGCCGGCCAACUGCACCCAGAUGACUUGCGGCGUGGACGAGUUCCGAUGCAAAGACUCGGGGCGCUGCAUCCCCGCCCGCUGGAAGUGUGACGGCGAGGACGAUUGCGGCGACGCGUCGGAUGAACCAAAAGAGGAGUGCGCUGAGAGGACGUGUGAGCCCUACCAGUUCAGAUGUAAGAAUAACCGCUGCGUACCCGGGCGCUGGCAGUGCGACUACGACAACGACUGCGGCGACAACUCGGACGAAGACAAGUGCAAGCCCAGAGAAUGCUCAGAAAGUGAAUUUGCGUGCACAAAUGGACGCUGCAUCGCCGGGAGAUGGAAGUGCGAUGGGGAUCACGACUGUGCUGAUGGAUCUGAUGAGCAUGGCUGUGAUCUGAAGUGUGACAACGACCAGUUCCAGUGUAAGAAUGGCCACUGCAUUCCAAUCCGCUGGCGGUGUGACGCCGAUCCUGACUGCAUGGAUGGUAGUGAUGAGGAGAACUGUGGCAGUGCUGCUGGGCGUCACUGCCCUCUGGAUGAGUUCCAGUGCAACAACACUCUGUGUAAACCGCUGGCCUGGAAGUGUGACGGUGAGGACGACUGCGGGGACAACUCUGAUGAGAAUCCGGACGAAUGCAGGCGGUUCCAGUGUCCACCCACCAGAGUCUUCCGCUGCCGAAACGACCGCGUGUGUCUGCAAAUGUCAAAGAGGUGUGACGGUGUUAAUAACUGUGGUGACAACUCUGAUGAACUCAACUGCGAGGCCACUCCAUCUACUCCCACCUGUGAAAAGGAUGAGUUCCUGUGUUCCAAUGGCAGAUGCAUCAGCUCCACUCUGCGCUGUAACUUCUUUAACGACUGUGAGGACUAUGGCUCUGAUGAGAUCGACUGCAAGACAGCAGAAACGAAGCUGAACGACUGUCGCAGUAACAGGACUCAGUGCGGUGAUGGAGAUGAGGCCCACUGCGUCACCAAUGGCACAGACUCGUUCUGCUCCUGUAAACCAGGUUUCCAGAAGAUAGGACACCACACCUGUGGAGAUAAGAAUGAAUGUCUGCAGUUUGGAGUAUGUUCCCACAUCUGCAACAACACCAAGGGAUCAUUCAAAUGCAGCUGCCACAAGUACUUCAGCAGGAUCCACGACACCUGCAAGGCUGAUAACAUGAACAGCAGUCAACAGAUUCUUUACAUCGCGGAUGACAAUGAAAUCCGGAGCCUGGACCCCGGCAUGCCAAACUGGCGCUACGAGCAGACCUUCCAGGGGGACGCCAGCGUGCGCAUCGAUGCCAUGGACAUACACGUCCGAACCAACCGCGUCUUCUGGACCAACUGGCACACCGGUCGCAUUUCCUCCUACGAACUCCCCGGACCAUCCACGUCCUCCAACUCUCAUCGAAACCGCCGACAGAGCGAGGGCAGACACAUCGACCUGCAGAUUAAGGAACUCAAGAUGCCACGCGGUAUAGCCGUGGACUGGGUGGCCGGCAACCUGUACUGGACCGACUCUGGCCGAGACGUUAUCGAAGUAGCUCAGAUGUCCGGUCAACAUUGCAAGACCCUCAUCUCUGGCAUGAUAGAUGAGCCUUACGCCAUCGUAGUGGACCCACAGAGAGGUACCAUGUAUUGGGCUGACUGGGGAAACCAUCCUAAAAUUGAGACAGCGGCCAUGGAUGGCACCCUUAGACAAACUCUAGUUCAUGAGAACAUCCAGUGGCCAACAGGUUUGGCUGUGGACUACUUCAACGAGCGUCUUUACUGGGCUGAUGUUAAACUGUCGGUCAUCGGCAGUGUCCGUCUGGAUGGCUCUGACCCCGUGGUUGCAGUCUCGGGCAUCAAAAACAACCUGCUGCAUCCCUUCAGCAUAGAUAUCUUUGAAGACUACAUAUAUGGCGUCACAUAUGUCGACAAUUUUGUCUUCCGGGUCAACAAAUUUGGCAAAGGCCCCAUGGAGAAUCUCACGACAGGCAUCAAUCAUGCCACUGACAUAGUCCUGUAUCACCGUUACAAGCAGCCAGAGGUGACUAACCCCUGUGACAAGAAAAAGUGCGAGUGGCUGUGUCUUCUCAGCCCCAGUGGGCCAGUUUGCACUUGCCCAAACAACUACGUCUCAGACAACGGGACGUGCGUGGAGAGGCCAACCCCGACCCAGUCGCCCAUCUCUCCCCCCUCAGGGCCCUGCAAUAUUCAGUGUCAGAAUGGCGGCAGCUGCUUCCUCAACGCCCGUCAGGUGGCCAAGUGUCGCUGUCAGCCCAGCUACACUGGAGAGAGAUGUGAGAUCAACCAGUGCAGAGACUACUGCAUGAACGGAGGCACCUGCGCUGCUUCCCAUACCGGUGCACCUACUUGCAGAUGUCCUAAAGGAUUUACUGGGCCCAACUGCAACCUGCACACUUGUCAGGACUAUUGCCUAAAUGGAGGCAGCUGUACAGUCAACACAGGAAACCAACCAACCUGCAGCUGCCCAUCACCUUACCAAGGAGACCAGUGCCAGUACAGUAAAUGUGAAGACUUCUGCCUCAACGGUGGAACCUGCUUGCAAACCACAAACGGCACCAAACUCUGUCUGUGUCCUUCUCACUUCAUCGGACACCAGUGUGAGCUGGACAAGUGUCAGUUCUGUGGAGAAGGCACAUGCUUGAUGCCACCCUCCGGGGAAGUCUCCUGCAAAUGUCCCAAUGGUCAGGUGCAGCCCAGCUGCUACUCCUGUUUGGACUACUGCCAAAAUGGACAAUGUUCAAUUGAGACUCGUACUCUACUUCCCCAGUGCAAGUGUUCGUUGGGUUGGAAGGGAUACAGAUGUGAAGUGGCGCCAGAUUUUUCAGAUUCCUCCUCUUCUAGUAGUAGUGCCACCUCCACCGUCAUCCCCGUGCUCCUGCUGCUGCUGGCGCUGGUGGUGGUGGGCGCCAUCAUGUGGUACAAAUGGAGAAUGCGGGGUGCAAAGGGCUUCCAGCACCACCGGAUGACAAAUGGAGCCAUGAAUGUCGAGAUUGGAAAUCCAGCCUAUAAGAUCUAUGAAGGGGAUCCUGACGAUGAUGCUGGGGAACUUCUAGAUUCAGAUUUUGCUUUGGACCCAGACAAGCCCACCAACUUUACCAACCCGGUAUAUGCCACCCUGUACAUGGGUGCCCACAACAGUCGCAACUCCCUGGCAAGCACUGACGAAAAGAAGGAGCUCCUCUCCCAGGCCGAUGAGGAUAUGAGUGACCCGCUGGCA